GCUUGCUUUAUUUCAGGUGGCCCCAAAGUGGCUUUUGUGGCUGUGGGUGGCAAGUGUGGGCAGCCCCUUUGGCUGAGGGCAAAGGAGGUCCUCUUGUGGGCACGGAAGAAGGCUGAGGCGCCAAAGCAGGGGCUGGGGAGGGCUGCCUUCUUGGGGCACCUUCCUUGUCCCACCCGGGAAGGCGAGCGAGGGAGCUUGGGCGGAGCCUCCCUCUUUCCUUCCUCGGCUUCUGAGGCUGGAGCUGCACCUGGAGCCUUUGGGGGCUUCUUUGGGCGCCUUUCCUUCGGGAGAAAUGAGCCCUGGAAGAAGGCAGGCGCUGCUGCUCCUGCUGGGGGCUCUGCUCCUGCUCAGCCCUUCAGGUAUUUAUCAGAACUGCUGUGAAGCCUACAAUGUUGGGCUCCAAGGAGCAAAAGUAUUUUCUGGCCCCUCGAGUGAGCAAUUUGGAUAUACAGUUCAACAGCUUUUAAAUGAAGAUGGCAAAUGGUUGCUUGUUGGGUCACCCUGGAGUGGCUAUCCAGGAAACAGAAUGGGUGACAUCUAUAAAUGUGCAGUUAGUCUGCAGAGAACCAAAUGUUCAAAAAUGAACUUGCAGACUUUUGCAAGUAUCCCGAAUGUUACAGAGAUAAAGAAGGACAUGAAUCUCGGUUUAACCCUAGUAAGAAACUCAAUAACUGGAGGGUUUUUGACUUGUGGUCCUUUGUGGGCACAACAGUGUGGAAGUCAGUACUAUGCAACAGGAAUCUGUUCUGAGUUCAGUCCAAGCUUCCAAAUUGUGAAAAGUUUUUCACCAGCUGUACAAAAAUGUUCUUCAGCUGUUGAUGUUGUGGUGGUAUGUGAUGAAUCAAAUAGUAUUUAUCCUUGGGAUGCUGUGAAGGCAUUUUUGGAAAAAUUUGUUCAAAGUUUAGAUAUAGGCCCCACAAAAACUCAGGUAGGCUUAAUUCAGUAUGGUAAUAGCCCAAGAGUAGUAUUCAACUUGAAUACAUAUCAAAAUAAGGAAGGUGCUGUACAAGCAAUGUCAAGGACCUAUCAGAGAGGAGGGGAAUAUACAAAUACAUUUGAAGCAAUUGAUUAUGCCAGGCGUUAUGCUUUCUUAAAAGAAUCUGGUGGGCGACCCUCAGCCUCUAAAGUAAUGGUUGUUGUGACAGAUGGUGAAUCACAUGAUGGCUCAAACUUGCAAGAAGUGAUAACUAAAUGUAAUGAGGACAAUAUCACAAGAUUUGGUAUAGCAGUAUUAGGAUAUUUAAUCAGAAAUGACAUGGACACUAGAAACUUAAUCAAAGAAAUUAAAGGGAUAGCAAGUCUUCCUACAUCAAAAUAUUUCUUUAAUGUGUCAUCUGAAGCUGCACUUCUAGAAGAGGCAGGAACAUUGGGAGAGCGAAUUUUCAGUAUAGAAGGCACUGAUCAAGGUGAUUUAUUCCAGCUGGAAAUGUCACAAGUGGGUUUCAGUGCUUCAUAUUCACAGCAAAAGGAAGUUCUCAUGUUAGGUGCUGUUGGAGCCUAUGAGUGGACUGGAACUGUGAUCCGGGAGUCAGAAAAACAAGCUACUAUGUUUCCGAAUGAUGCAUUUGAAAAAGUUUUGCAAGAUAGAAAUCAGAGCUCCUAUUUAGGUUAUUCUGUUGCUGUUCUCUCAAUGGAAAGCACUGUCUAUUUUGUUGCUGGCGCUCCACGAUCCAACUACACUGGCAGAGUAGUGGUUUAUCAGGUGGAUGGCCAUGGCAACCUAAAUAUUAUUCAUUCUCAAAAAGGAGAGCAGAUUGGCUCCUAUUUUGGCAGCGUAGUGUGUUCAGUGGAUGUUAAUGGAGACUCCAUAACAGAUGUACUGUUAGUUGGUGCACCAAUGUUUAUGAAUGAUUUUAAAAAAGAAGAAGGAAGAGUUUACAUGUUUUCUGUCAAAAAUGGGAUUUUGGACAAACGAGAAAUUCUAGAAGGUCCUGAAGGGUUAGAAAAUACUCGGUAUGGAUCUGCUAUCACUGCUAUUUCAGAUCUUGAUUUGGAUGGUUUUAAUGAUGUAAUAGUUGGAGCACCAUUAGAAAACAAGAAUGCUGGUGCAAUCUACAUUUACAAUGGCAGACAAAGAACAAUACAGACUAAGUAUUCCCAAAAAAUUUCAGGAUCAGAACCUGCCUUUGGCCAGCAACUCCAGUAUUUUGGAAGAUCAAUAGAUGGCCGUAGUGACUUAAAUGGUGAUGGGAUAACUGAUGUAUCUGUAGGAUCUGAUGGAAAUGUGAUUCAACUCUGGUCUCAGAGUAUAGCAGUGGUGUCAAUGCAUGUCUCAUCUACACCAAAGAAGCUCAAUCUGCUAAGCAAGAAUACAGAGGUGAUUCUCCAGAUAUGCUUCACUGGAACUUUUAGACCGACCCAUGGGAAUAAUCAAGUGGAUAUCAGAUACAAUGUGACAUUGGAUGCUGAUCUCUUAUCCUCUCGAGUGACCUCUAGAGGCUUAUUUAAAGAAAACAAUGAGCGAUAUCUGCAGGAUAAUGUGAUAGUUCGCCCCAUGGAGAAUUGUGUGGAGCAUGUUUUUAAUGUCCAGGAGCCCUCUGAUGCUGUUGACUCACUUAGUGUACGUGUUGAUAUUAAGCUCAACAAUCCUGGUUCAAGUCCUGUUCUUGAUAAAACUUCUCCUGCAUCUGUAACUUAUACUAUACCAUUUGUUAAAGACUGUGGUGGAGAUGAAGUUUGCAAUGCUGACCUUAUUCUUGAUGUUCAACAGAAAACAAAUAAUGGCAAACAACCCGUUAUUAUCAGCAGUAAGACCAAAAGACUGAUAUUCGGUGUGAAACUGAGAAAUAAGAAUGAAAAUGCAUACAACACCAGAAUUCAAAUUGCUUUUUCUGAAAACUUGUUUUUUGCCUCAUCUUCUUCACCUGUUGAUGGAACUGCCGUUUCUUGUCAAGUCCAGCAAUUUGUUGUCUGCCAGAUCAGCUAUCCUGUUUUCAAAGAAGCACAGCAGGUAUCUUUUGACAUCAGUUUUGACUUUAAUUUGAAAAGUCUUCUAAAUCUGGCAGUAUUAAAUUUUCAAGCUUUAAGUGCAAGUAAUGAAGAGGAUGAUACAAACAACCAGGUCAACCUGACAGUCCCUCUUCGAUAUGAUGCAGAACUCCACUUAACAAGGUUUACUAGUAUGAAUCUCUAUGAAGUAUAUUCAGAUCAUUAUGUUCCUUCUGUGGUGAACAAUUUUGAUGAAAUUGGACCUGCAUUCAAUUUUUCUGUUAAGGUCACAAGAGGAAGUAUUCCAGUCAAUAUGGCAUCUUUAAAAAUCCAUAUUCCAAAGCAGACUGAAGGGAACAAUCCAUUGAUGUAUGUGACUGCAGUGCACACCAGUCAGGGUGGUGACCUCAGGUGUGAAGCACAGAUAAAUCCAUAUAAUAUAGGACAACAAAGUUAUGCAGUGUCAUUUAGAAAAGAAAACUUCAAAGCUUUGGAAGAACUGAACUGCAAGAAUGUCAAAUGUGAUACAAUUAUGUGCAAGUUAAAAGAUAUCAUUCUGAAGGGUGAAUAUUACGUUAAUGUUUCUGCCAGAAUCUGGAAUGGAACAUUUGCAGCUUCAAGGUUCCAGAGAAUACAGCUAUCUGCAUUUGCAGAAAUUGAUACCCGUAACUCAGAUCUGUUUGUGACUGGAGAAAACAGUUUACCAAUUUCAGUCACAAUAAUAAAUCCUGAUGAGAAAGCAGAAGUGCCAAUUGGAGUUGUGAUAGGAAGUGUAUUAGUGGGUCUCCUCUUGCUAGUAGGUCUAAUUGCUGCUUUAUGGAAACUUGGUUUCUUCAAGAGGAAGUAUGAAAAAAUGGGGAAGGAUGUGGAAGAUGUAGAUGAAAUUAUGGAACUCACUAAGGACUGAGAUUGAACAUAGCACUUACUGUACUGUGUCUACCAACCCUCUGAGCCACAAGCGAUGCUUGCAAUCACACUGGUUCAACUACACUGAGUGCCUUAAAGAUUAUUAUGCUGUUUCACACUUUUUUCUUUUUUUUUAAUGAAAAUGUCUUAUGUGUUUUAUAGAUGAAAAUAUUUUUACAUGUACUAUUUUAUUUUAGUAAUAACUGCUGGUCGGUUUGGGGUUUUGUUUAAAAGAGUUUAAAGUAUAUUGUGUUGCUGUGCGAUUUUGUAUUGUAUUAUUUUUUAUAGACAAGAAGUACAAAACAUGUGGGCUCCCCCAGAUGCCAUAGCACAUGAUUUUUCGCACAUCGGCUAUGCAAGCUGAGGUGGAUGACAAUUGCAAUUGAACUAUAUCUGGCAAGCCACGUGUCCUGCACCCAUACAACAGACUCUCUGAAUUAAUAGAAUCAACAAUUCUAAUCAGUGCCAGAAAUAUUACUCUGUUUACUGCCAUUGAUAAGCAGCCAGUUUCGGAUAGAAGGUCUUUACUGAACAUUGACACAUACAUCAUUUAUUUUAAUUUGUAGUCUACUGUUCAAAUAAUUCUUUGAAGUAUACAAAGGUUUGCCUGUGUCCAACACCACCAGCAUUAGCACAGUCAUUGCCUUUAUCAUUCUGAAUUGGUUUUUUUGAAGUUCCUUAUAAUUUAAAUCAGAGAUGGACAACUGCAGCUCUCCAGAUGACUUUGCACUGUAUCUUUCAUAAUCUCUCACCAUUGACUAUGCUGGCUAGGGUUCAUGGGAGUUGAAGCUCAAAGACAACUGGAGAAUCAGUUUUAAGACACAGUGUGUCAUUAUAGAUUUUAUUCAGACAGGACUGUGAUGAGAGGAAUUUUGGUCAUCACAGUACCUGAGAUGGUUAUUUUUGCCAUUUUGUCUGUCAAUCAUGUGUUUUCCCACCAUAUAAUUCUAAUCAUAGAAGCGGGAAGUGCAUUCUGUUCCACUUCUGAGACUUGUGUAUCUACAUACUCAGCAACAGGCAAUCAGAUAUUUGGCAGGCAGCCACUAACCGUCCCAUUGGAGAUGGCAAGGUGCUACAUAGAUCAGCCCAAGUUGUUGUUUAGCUUGAGGUUGGACGAUGAGUCCCUGGCAUUACCUAAGAAUAACUGGGUGAAACAUGAGAUCAGACUUCGGUUGUAAAGGUCUCAGAAGCUAUAGGAAAAAAAGUUUUAAGGAUGCAGUACAAUGUAGGGAAAGGGAGUGAGAGGCCUUUGCAUACAGUAAGACUAUAAUGCCCAUCAUUCCUCACCAUUGGCUAUGCUGGCUAGGGUAAAUGGAACACCUGGAGGACUGUAUAUUCCUAGAAUAUACUUUACUCCUUGCCUUUAGGGAUGGAAACCUCAAAGAACUCAUACUGUUAGUGACUAGUUCAAAAGUGUAUGACUUAUAAUUACACAUAAAAUGUGCAAUGGCAAUUCAGAUGUUGGUGCCAGCAGGGAGUUCAGGCUGGCACCUGCUGAUCAUAAUCUAGUAAUAUAAUCUUCUAUUCUGAUCUAGGUGAGUGGUUGUAAUUGCAGCACAAAAUGUGACAUUACAGAUUUGUACAAACACUUUGUACAAAUCAACCAAUGACUCAAUUCGUGGUGACACACGUAUAAUAUUUAAUAAUAUUGAUUUACUUAUACCCCACUCUUCAGCCAAAAGGCUAUCAGAGCGGCUUACAAAUUGUUAAUUAGACAUUUCCCUGCCCUCAGGCUUACAAUCUAAAGAGACAAGAGAC